UCAGUGAUUUUUCACUUCUGACCACAAAAUUUUAGAUUGUGCCAUUUCUGAUUUCACUGAUCAAAUGUUAUCACUGUUUUGGCUGCCACUUGAAAAUCUUACCAUAAUUGUGAAUAAUUAAUGAUGUGUGGAAUGCAGUGGUGGAAGAGGUACUCAGAUCUUUUACUUGAGUAAAAAGUAGCAAUACCACAGUUUAGAAAUAGGCCUACUCUGUGGAGAAGAAGUAUAUAGUAGCAGAUAAUGGACAUACAAGUAACUCAAAAUUGUACUUAAGUACAGUACUUGUGUAAAUGUACUUAGUUACCUUCCACCACUGGUGUAAUGUGCUGUAGCCUGACUGGCUUAUUACAGCUGUGGAUAACAAGCAUUAGACCGGUUCAAGCAGUUAUUGCUCUUGUUGAUUUUGGCUGACUGGAUGCCAACUAGGCUUUACAGGUUUACCUGAACACCUGAGCAGAUCUUCCUUUAUGACUGAAAGAAAACUGUGUGACACGAGGAAUGAGAACACAGGUGGAGGAACUUGUUCAUGUCCUCUUUGUUUCAGGUCAGUCCUUCUGCAUACCAUGCGUAUAUUUUGCCGUCGACUCACCCUUCCAGUAAAGGUUGCAGUUUCUUGCUUUCUGGUUUUACUUUUCAUUAUAUACUACAACAUCAAAUAUACAGCAUUCCUACAAUCAUCAACACUACCUGUGGUGGGUGUGGUGAGACUCAGAGGAUCCACCCUCCAGUCUGUUGUCACAUUGCCAGGCCCCUCAGGUCCCAACUGUCCACCUGGCUUUUACACUGAAGAGGAGCUCAAGCCUCACGUUCAGAGACCUAUCCAGGAUCCCAGGGCACCAGGCGCAAAUGGUAAACCCUUUGUGUCACACCGAAUGACUCCUGAAGAACAUAAAGAGAAAUUACAUGGGUUUAAUAAAAACCAGUAUAACCAGUUUGCCAGUGAUCGCAUCUCCCUGCACCGUGAUCUGGGAAAAGACACACGGCACCCAGAUUGUUUGGAACAGAAGUUUCGGCGUUGUCCUGGUCUCCCUACCACCAGUGUGAUCAUAGUGUUUCAUAAUGAGGCCUGGUCCACUCUGCUAAGGACGGUCUACAGUGUCUUACACACAGCUCCUGCAGCCCUGCUCACAGAGAUCUUACUGGUGGAUGAUGCCAGCACAGAUGAUCACCUCAAGACUCGCCUGGAUAACUAUGUGCGGCAGCUGAAUAUAGUGCGUGUUUUACGCCAGAGGGAGAGGAAAGGUUUGAUCACAGCCAGACUGUUGGGAGCGCAGGCUGCACAAGGAGAGGUCCUCACCUUCCUGGAUUCUCACUGUGAAUGCUUCCCUGGAUGGCUGGAGCCUCUUUUAGCUCGGGUAGCAGAGCUGCCUACAGCUGUAGUGAGCCCAAAAAUCGCCAUUAUUGACCAAGAUAACCUAAAGUUCAGUAAGCCAGUCCCUAAACCGCACUAUUACAGUCGAGGGAAUUUUGACUGGAGGCUCAAGUUUGGAUGGGAGGGCAUACCUGAUGAAGAGAAGAAGCGAAGGAAGACUGAGACACAUCCUAUCAGAACUCCUACUUUUGCUGGUGGCCUGUUCUCUGUAUCUAAAUCAUACUUUGAGCAUAUCGGGACUUAUGAUGACCAGAUGGAGUUCUGGGGAGGUGAGAAUUUGGAAAUGUCCUUCAGGGUCUGGGAAUGUGGAGGUCAGAUGGAGUUUAUCCCUUGUUCUGUUGUAGGGCACAUUUUCCGCAAAAAGAGCCCCCACACCUUCCCCAACAGCAGCUCUAUGAUCACCCGCAACUUGGUCCGCCUGGCUGAGGUCUGGAUGGAUGACUACAAAUGGGUCUUCUAUCGUACAAACAGAAAGGCUGCUUCCAUUUUUAAAGAGAAUUUAUUUGGAGAUGUUACUGAACGUCGUAAACUCAGGGAGAGAUUAAAGUGCAGGAACUUCUCUUGGUACCUGAACAACAUUUAUCCAGAGGCCUAUGUGCCUGACAUCAGGCCGGUCAUGCAAGGACAGUUGGAAAACAUUGGUUGGAAGUGCUGCUUGGAUGCGGAGAAGACAAAAAAGCGAUGGGAACCUGUUCAAAAGUUCAAAUGUAGUAAUAAAAGUAGAGCACAGUAUUUUGAAUACACAUCUCAGCGAGAAGUACGGCUCAGCAGCGGCAUUGAGUUGUGUUUGCAUGCAACCCCUGGAAGAGCUCUGGUGUCUCUUAAACUCUGUCGACUGAAGGGAAAAUUAACCACAGCAGCACCUGAGCAAGUGUGGAUCUUCACACAGACAAACCAUCUGAAGAACCCAUCAUCAGGCAAGUGUUUGACAGUAUCAGGAGGAAACGUGAUUGUGACUCCCUGCUACUCCACCAGACUCAGCCAAAGCUGGGUCUUCAUCUGACUCUUAUCAUGGAUUUGUAUAUGUGGACUUGUGCAUUUAGCUUUUCUUCAAGGAUAGGUUCAGAUUUUGUCAGGUCUGUCAUAACACAUUUUCUCACAAGCCCUUAUGUACAUUCAAAGAGUUAUUAGUCCCUGCAUAUUAGUCCCUGUUAGUGUUCCUCCUUUCUGUACUGGCUGUGAAGGAAUCCCUCCUAGUGCGACUCCAAUGUAAAAGAUUGGGAAUAAACCCACAGUUUUUGUUCUGUACAAAAAUGCCCUUUAAAGUUCAGCCGAAGCUAAUAAAAGGCUACAGCAUUGUGAGAUAACCAAAUCAAGUGAUAGCUUACAAAUUUGCAGUCUUUUUGCACAAAACUCCCAACACUGUCUGUUUAAACACAAAGAGAGAAUUCUGUCACUGUGUGGAAAAUACUCUCAUGAUUUGGUUAACUCAAAACGCUGUAUUAGCUUCGGCUGAACUUUAAAAGGGAUUUUUUGCACAGAAUGAGGACUGUAGAUUCUGACCCCCAUCUCUUACAUUGGAGGGCAUCACAUUACGGCCAGUAUCAACAGGAGGAAUCAUUACAGUGACCAAUAACUCUUUCUUUCAAUGUACAUAUGGGGAUGUGAGUAUUCAAUUAAAGGAUAAGUCUUGUAAUAUUUUAUAUUUUUCUUAUGGUCAACAAAUUCCAUGAAAAGACCAAAGCCAGCAAUGAACUGAUCCUACUAAUACUACCUAGUGAUGUUGGUGUAGCCAAAGGCUGAUAUAUCUUAUUCAUCUGUGCCAUAGAGCUCCAUUGUUGUCCAAAAACAGUGGGUGACAUGUUCCUUCAUUACCAUGAACAUGGGCACUGUACUUCAUUUUGAGUCAAUCCCACAUACGCUUUAACACCAAAUGUAUAUUAAUCCGCAGCUGAAAAUAGUGUCCAACAAAAGUACAGAACUAUUAGCAUUAUAAUAUACUAAGUACCAAAAGUAAAAGUACUCAUUAUGCAGAAUGGCCAUUUUCAGAAUCACAUUAUAUUACUGGAUUAUAUUAUAUUAUCACUUAAAUGCUGCAGCUGUUAAAGGUGGGGCUAAUGUGAAUGACUUUAUAUACUGAUAGGUAACUUGUGAAUUUACCCCCACAGAUCAAUCUCUUAUCAUACCUUAACCUAUUAUAAUACAUCAUAAUGUAUUUGUUGAUUAUACUUUGUGUUAUUAAUCUGAAUCUGUAAAGUAACUAGUAACAAAAGUUAUCAAUUAAAUGUAGUGGAGUAAAAAGUACAAUAAAUUGUAAUGGAGAAGUAUAAAGCUGCAGAAAAUGAAAAUACUCAAGCCAACCUCAAAAUUGUUUUUAAGUACAGUAGUUGAGUAAAUGUACUUAGUUACUUUCCACCACUGCAAAGAUACAGAUGAUCACCAGCUUUGUCCUUGAAAACAGACUCCAAAAAUGUGAACCAAUCCUUUAAAAGUAUUUUUUUUAAAUGCUUAUUGUAAAAGGAAAAAAAUCAAUAAUUGAGAGAUUGUAAUUAAAAGAAAAAAUAUAUAUAAACGAUUCAAUUGUUUCUUUAUUUCCUUUUUUUAAAAAAAAAAUACCUUUGCUUCCUCAUACUCAUCCACAUUGUUGGAUAAUAAGCUGCAUUCACACUGAGUCCGGUUUUCAUUAUGGGCAGUGUGUGUGUGUGUGUGUGUGUGUGGGGG